GGCUCCUGGAAGUCUCAGUUUCUGCAGAGCCCUGUACGCCUAAAUAAUAGAUGCUGAGAGCGAAAUGAAAACUUCCUGAGGAGGAGCCUGCUGUGAUAACUUUGACGUUCCUGAACGUGCUGUCAAAUGCUGAAGUGCUGAACUGAAAGCAAGAAGACCAGUACAUUUGUUACGAUAUCUUAGGGUUGCAUGUCAGGUUGGACUUGAUGCAUGAGAUUUGCAUGACACCUAACAACCUAGCUCUGGAUGCACCACUGAGCAAACAUGGCCUACACAGCAAAUGCUAAUGACAGUGCUACAGAAAAAGAGGAAGCUGUUAUAAAUGGAGAAGAUGAAAAAGAACAGAAAGAUCCCUAUUUUGUGGAAACGCCUUACGGCUACCAGCUGGACUUGGAUUUUCUGAAGUACGUGGACGACAUACAGAAGGGGAAUACCAUUAAGAAAUUAAACAUACAGAAGAAGAAGAAAACGGUACCGGCCCCCGCAGGCACCAAGAACCCCUUUGGGCAGUGCGGUGGCUGGACCUCCACCGAGUCCCUCUCCUCAUCCAACAGUGAUGAGAACAAGCAGUCGUGCGUGGCCUCAAGGAGUCAAGUAGCCCCGUCCGUCGCGGUGCGGCCAUCCAUCUCCUUUGAAGCAUCUUCCUCCUACCUGACUAUCCCCGAGAGCAAGCAGCUUCCUCCUCCCUCUCCUCAGCUUCCCCGGCACAACCUCCAUGUGACAAAAACACUCAUGGAAACGCGGAGGCGACUAGAGCAGGAGAAGAUGAUGCAGGUGACACCAGGAGAGGUCCGCCGGCCGCGGCUCUCCAGCUUUGGGGGCAUGGGCUCCACGAGCUCGCUGCCCUCGUUUGUGGGAUCCAGUGGCUACAGCCACAUGUCCCAGCAGCUUCAAAAUGGGUAUCAAGGUAACGGAGACUACGGCGCCUGCUUUGGCUCCUCGUUGGGUGGCUCCAUCCGCCACAGCCCAAUGAGCUCGGGAAUAUCCACACCCGUGACCAACGUGAGCCCGGUGCAUCUACAGCACAUCCGCGAGCAAAUGGCGAUUGCCCUGAAGCGCCUCAAGGAGCUUGAGGAGCAAGUCAAGACCAUUCCUGUUCUCCAGGUCAAAAUUUCAGUGUUACAGGAGGAGAAGAGGCACAUGAUGGCAGAACUCAAAAGCCAGAGGAAACCAAAUCAAAACGAUGUGUAUGGUUUCAGAAAGCGGUCCUACAGUGCGGGCAAUGCGGAGCAGUGGGAGCACCUGUCUCAGGUCAGGCGAGGUGGAGAGCUGUAUAUCGAUUGCGAGGAGGAUAUGGAGAGCAUGGAGCAGAGCUCUCAGAGGAUAGAGGAGUUCAGGCAGCUGACUGCUGAAAUGCAGGCCCUGGAGAAGAAAAUCCAGGAUAGCAACUAUGAAAGCCCAGCAGAUCUUAGGGUGGACAGGGAGAGCCUCGUGAAGGAGAGCAGAUCUGUUGCUGUAGGGGCUGAUGAAAACAUGAACGAUGUGGUCAUAUACAACAGAUCUUUGAGGCAACACAGAGAAGUAGCAGUGGGAACAGAGAAAGAGACGAGGGAGUCUGGGGUUGGGGUGACAGAAGCCAUGCUUGGCUUGUCUACAGAGGUUGAGAAGGAGAUAGAGCUUCAGCAGCAGACCAUAGAAGCUCUUAAGGAGAAGAUCUAUAGACUGGAGGUUCAGUUAAAGGAAACUACACAUGACAGGGAAAUGACCAAAUUGAAGCAGGAGCUGCAGGCAGCAGGAAAUAGGAAAAAGGUGGACAAAGCCUUGAUGGUUCAGCCGCUUGUUGUCAGCAGAAUGGUGGAGGCCGUGGUGCAGACAAGAGACCAGAUGGUGGGCGAUCACAUGGACGUGACCGAUUCGUCGGUGGGGAACCACGUCCAGGUGAGCAGCAUCGGCACCUCCUGCAGGCCCCUUGUGCAGAGCACCGCAGUGGGCCCUGAGGUGCUCAUGAGCCGAUGGCUCGUGAAGGAGCGGCCCGAGGUGCGCGACCAGUGCACGGGCAGGUCGGUGGACAUGUCCGACAAGAAGGUGGGCACCGAGACGCCCGUGCGCGAGGCCGGCGUCAACACGGAGGAGCCCGUGGAGGACGGGAGGUGGCGCGAGGCAGCGCGGGGCGCCAGGGCGGUGAGGUCGGUGGGCUGCGGGGAGUGCUCGGUGCACGUGGAGCGCGUGUCCCGCGAGACGGCCACCGAGGCGGUGCGCCGGGCGGAGGCCACCGUCAUGGCCGUGCCUUGCAUGGCCUCGCGGCAAACCAGCGCGGCCGUGGAGACGAUGAGCCAGGGCACCAGCACGGAGGUGGCCGCGCGGGCCGACUGCGGCACCAACACCGUGCUGAGCAGCUACGACAAGCAGACCAACACGGCCAGCGUGGAGACGCGGAGCGUGGCCGUGGGGGACGGACGGGUCAAGGACGUGAACGCCUCCGCCAAGACCCGUUCGGUUGGGGUGGGAACGGUGCUUUCCAGCGUCACCGGCCUCGAAAAGCCCUCUGUGACAAAGACCAAAGACUGCGGCGUGGGGCAGAUCAGCGUCAACGAGAACUACCUGGUUGGCCUUAAGAUGAGGAGCAUUGCGUGCGGGCCCCCUCCGCUGUCCACCGUGCCGGCCGGCACUCGGAGCAUCGGCGUUGGGGGCGAGGCGGUGGGCGAAUCCGUAGGCACCCUCUUGGAAAGACCCCUGCCUCCACCAGAGCUGAGGAUUGGCCUGGAUCACUACAUCGAGCGCGUGCAGAAGCUGCUGCAGGAACAGCAGAUGCUGCUCGCAGAGAACUACAGCGAGUUGGCAGAAGCCUUUGGGGAGCCGCACUCCCAGAUCGGGUCCCUCAACUCGCAGCUUCUCAGCACCCUCACGUCCAUCAACUCUGUCAUGAAGUACGCCAGCACGGAGGAGCUGCGGGGCCUGGAUCUGCAGAAGCAGGGCAUGGACAGGAGUAGCGCGUCAGCAGGUGCUACCUUGGAGUACAUCCCCCAUGGCCAACUUGCAAACGCCCACCUGGCUUCAAACCUGCGAGCCCUGAAGCUGGAGCAGGACAUGGGACCGGUGCAGGAGGAGAGGAAGGCACCUAUGGGCGAUGCCGUCCGGGGAAGAAAAUCCUUCUCCGCUCAGGACAAAAGUCUGGCUCCAAUUAACCUUACGGAUGAUCAACUUGCUUCUGGCCUCUACGUAUGUACGAAUAAUGAAAGUACAUUGAAAUCUAUCAUGAAGAAAAGGGAUGGAAAAAAGGAUUUGAACAAUGCAAAGAAGAACUUACAGUUUGUUGGCAUAAAUGGCGGGUACGAGACGACGUCGAGUGACGAGUCCAGCUCGGAGGAGAGCUCCUCCUCGGACUCGGAGGAGUGCGAGGGCGGCGAGUUCCCGCGCGACGAGCAGGGGCUGCCCGGCCGCGGGGGCCCCCAGCUCCGCCACGGGGACGUCGGGGACGUCGCGCCGCCCGGCGGCGAGGCCGACGAGGUGGAGAUCCGGGAGAGAUAUGAGCUCAGCGAAAAGAUGCUCUCUGCGUGUCAUCUGCUCAGCAACAACAUUGAUGACCCCAAGGCCUUGACCAACAAAGAUGUGAGGUUUUGUUUAAAUACCAUCCAGCAUGAGUGGUUUCGCGUCUCAAGUCAAAAGUCGGCUGUUCCUGAAAUGGUCGGAGACUACAUAACUGCUUUUGAAGAGAUUUCUCCCGCUGUCCUCAGACAUAUAAUCAAUAUGGCAGAUGGAAAUGGAAACACAGCUCUGCAUUAUAGUGUCUCGCAUUCUAACUUCGAAAUUGUGAAGCUCCUUUUGGAUGCAAAUGUCUGUAACGUCAAUCACCAGAACAAGGCCGGCUAUACCCCCAUCAUGCUGGCCGCGCUUGCAGCUGUGGAGGCAGAGAAGGACAUGAGGAUAGUGGAAGAGCUCUUCAGCUGCGGGGAUGUGAACGCCAAAGCCAGCCAGGCUGGGCAGACGGCUUUGAUGCUGGCUGUGAGUCACGGGCGGAUAGACAUGGUGAAGGCUUUGCUGGCCUGUGGCGCAGACGUCAACAUCCAGGACGACGAGGGCUCCACGGCGCUCAUGUGUGCCAGUGAGCACGGGCACGUAGAGAUCGUCAAGCUGCUGCUGGCCCAGCCUGGCUGCAAUGGAUCCCUGGAGGACAACGAUGGCAGCACAGCACUUUCUAUAGCCCUGGAAGCUGGACAUAAGGACAUAGCAGUUCUUCUCUACGCCCAUGUCAACUUCUCCAAAACCCAGUCACCGGGCACUCCGAGGCUUAGCAGAAAGACGUCUCCUGGUCCUACCCACAGAGCCACCUUUGAGUAAUAACGCGUGAAUAUCUCUAAGAAUCUUAAUGCCAUCUUUAAGCUGCUAAUUGUAACUGUUUAACUGAGACAGAUACUGAAUGUAAUUGUCUUGUGCCUGAACUCACCAGCAAAGUGAAAGCAGAGACCUAGUGCUAAAGAUAGAAAACUGUAAACUUGAAGCAAGCAUAUAGUUAAGUAGUAGAUGGCUACAAGACCCUUAGCCAGAUCUGUUCUUUUGCUCACUUACUCAUCUUUCCACACAUUGGCAUAAAUGCUGUUUUUCUUUGCUGUAUGUUGUCUUCUCCCAUGUGAUAUACAGUUUAAGAACAUUAAGGCUAUCCGUGGAAGGGUCCCAGUGGCAUAUUUUUAGUCAUUCUAAAGUAUAUCUGCAUUUGCUAUGCCUAGACUUUUAUCACAGUAACCUUCUUCGUAAAUUUCAUUCCAUCAUGAUUUUAAUGUUUUUAAUUACCUUGAAAUCCAGAAGUUGCAGUUGCUUAUGUAGUCAGCUCCGCGGAGCUUGAGCUGGUGGGUGGACGGGUUAGGAAUAGAGAGCAGACCCUCUGACAGGUCUGAAGUUCACGAAAGCUGUUGCUUAUUGGGGAUAUGUAUAACUUUUUUUUUUUUUUAUUAAAGAUAACAGUAUCUAUAAAAUUAACUCGCACAGUAUUUUCAACAUUUUAUAUUCUUUAAUAAUUGAAAACUACAUGAAGAAUUACAUGUCUUGUUACCAUAUUUUUAUUAACUGUGUCAGUCCAUAAGCUCCAUAUGUGUUUCUUGGAGAAAAAAAA